UCCGUCGUCGUGGUCUUCUUCUUUCUUUCUUUGUUUCGUUCAAUUAUUACCUUAACCUAUCGUCAGCUAGCAAUUCUGGCUAAUCCUUGGUGGACCGGUCAGGUGGGGUUGCCUGGUGUUGACCCAGCGGCCAAUUCACCGGCGGUGAACAAACGGCGCAACACCGACCUAUCUAUCAACGAAUUAAGCAGCGGGAAGAACAGUGCCGGCGAUAACAGAGACGAAGACGAUGAUAGAGACGAACCCAAAGAAGGUGCAGUUGAGGUCGGAACUCGCAGACCUCGAGGCCGGCCACCGGGUUCGAAGAACAAGCCGAAACCGCCCAUCUUCGUGACACGAGACAGCCCAAAUGCUCUCCGGAGCCACGUCAUGGAGGUCGCCGGAGGAUCCGAUGUAGCCGAAAGCGUAGCUCAGUUCGCUCGCCGCCGUCAACGUGGCGUUUGUGUUCUCAGUGGAAGUGGCUCCGUUGCCAACGUCACUCUUCGUCAACCUGCAGCUCCCGGAGCUCUUUUAGCACUCCAUGGAAGGUUCGAGAUUCUAUCCCUAGCCGGAGCCUUCUUGCCUGGACCGGCGCCACCCGGAUCCACUGGACUCACCGUAUACCUCGCCGGAGGACAGGGUCAGAUCGUGGGCGGAAGCGUGGUGGGGUCACUAGUAGCAGCAGGACCAGUGAUGGUCAUUGCUGCCACUUUUGCUAAUGCAACUUAUGAGAGACUUCCUCUUGAUGAUGAAGAUGAAGCCGCGGCCGCAGGGCAAGGCGGAGGCAGCAGCGGAGGUGGAGGCUCGUCCCCGCCACCGGCGGGGAUCGGAAGUGGCGGGGGCCACUUGCAGGGUGGGAUUCCAGAUCCUUCAUCACUUCCUUUGUAUAAUCUGCCACCAAAUCUGCUUCCUAAUGGUGGUGGUAGUGGACAGGUAGGUCAUCAUGAAGCUCUUGCUUGGGCAGCUCAUGGAAGACAACCUUACUAGAGAAGUAAUCUUCAGAGUUUCAGAUCUAUUAAUCAAUCAAUGAAUUUAAUUUUCUGAUGAUGAUAUGCUUUAAUUUAAUUUGCUGUGUAGGAAUCGAAUUAUGGUAAAAUAGAAUUGAGGAAAGAUUAAAUAAUAAUAAAAAUUAGAUUAAUUACUGGAAUAUAUAUAGUGUGAAGAAGAUCAGAAAGAACUAUCUAUGAAGAAGAUGAAGAAAAGCAUGUGUUUAUAUAUAAUCCAUAUAUGUAUAUGGUGAUGAAUUAUGAACUCUCUUUCUUUAAUUUGUCUCUUCUCUCUGCGUUUGGAAUAAAUUAAUUAAAAAGAAA